AUGGUCUCAGUUGAAUUGACAGCAGCACAGGCAGCUUCUGGUCUCGCCCAUGGGCCGAUGACCUCUGCCUCACCUGCAUUAUUGAAUCUGACGAGCCUCAAAACAGCAGCAGCGAAUGUGACAUCUGCCUUCUCCCUUCCAUUCAGCAUACACCCGAUCUUCCGCUUCCCUCUCCGACUUACCUCGCGAAUCGAUCGCGCCCUCCUCCACAUAUGGAGCCGAUUCGUUCUCGAAGGACUUGGUACCAAUAGUCUGACAAGAGCUGGGACGGCCACCGGCGCUGGCAUUGCUGGAACCCAAGCCAUGGCAGAUGCAGCAGCCCAACCCGCUGUGGCCCAGGCCCUGGGAGAUGCAGGUGGAGACAGUUGGGCGAGCUUCUUUUCAGAGGCAUUCCAAGCAACCGGCUUUAAGUCUUAUUGGGGCAUGCUGCACUAUCUCACUUCAAGAUGGGCCUUUACGUGUUUUGUGGUGGCCCUGAUUCUAAACCGUAUCAGUGUUUACGGGGCGUCGAGGCAACGAAUACAGCUGACUUGGACGAGGAGGCUGGCUUUGCGGAUUGUCCCCAUUUUGCUGUUCAUAACUCAGAUCCAUCAUCUCCUGCAAGCUAUUCGGUGCCAAACAUCACCGGAUUUCUCACUCUAUCGGCACGGAGACAACAACAAAUACAGCCUCUUAGACUGGUCCACCGACGGUGGCUGGCUGCACACUCUCACAUCUACACUUCUGUUUCGGUCGACAGACGCCCAAGCUUGUGCCGCCAUUGGGAUGAGCAGACCAAGCCCAGAGGUUCGAGCACCUUUUGGUUCUUUCUCACUUCUUUGGCCUUCCUUCUUGCGGCUGAGCCUGUCCCAUGUCGUUGAAAAUCUGUCAUGCUCGCUACAACAGAUACCGACGACGGCAGAGGUUGGAAUGUCCGUGUUCGAGCAUUCUCUUGCAUUCGCCGAGGCUGAGACGAUGAUCUCCCACACCCUGGGUCUCGGCUACUAUGGGUCAAGCAAAUCCCCCAGCAGCAGUAAAGCCAAUAUCACGUCUCCUCGCCCGGAUUCCCAGCCUACAAUACCCGCAUCCGGUACAAUAUUGGCUCUCGCCGACGCUACAGCCACUCUGACAGGUCCGCACCUACUUGAUCGUGUCAACGUCCCGGUAGAAAUCCUCUUGGUCGCAUUGUUGUCGUGCUGCAACUCGCUUUCAUCUCACGUCAUUGCUGUUUUGGGAAAGCAACGUCAAUGGAGACUUGUGAAUACGGGAAUAUGGGCCAUGACUUUCAUGGCGGCAUUUGUUUGGGGAUUCAGCACGACCAGUGUCAUGGUUCGGAGCGGGGACAACGGUGACCAUCGCCCUGUUAGCAGUCUUUUACACUUUCCUACGGUGGCGAUUAUAGGAUUCCUUCCUCAUAUGGUCAUCCUAGCGGGGAUUGCGAUCUGCCUGCUCAUAUACUUGGUUGCACUCACUUUGACGGCGGUUUCUCUCGGCACCAACCCGCAAAUUCCACGGCCAACCACCCUUAAAGAACGAUUCAUCAUAGCUCACGAAAAUUUGCAGGCUGCGGUCCAAACUCGAGGGAUUGAAAUUCGUUGGCAUGAAGACUUCUACACAACACUCCUCCGCAGUGGAUUUGCUGCACUGACAGCGGCAUCUGAAGCAGUUUUCUUAAAUGAGGGCAGAGCAGUCGAAGUACGCCAAUUCACAUGGUUGGAAGAAGACAGACUGGAUGAAUUCGACGCAGCAAUGCGUGAAAUGGGACCUUUUCAAAGUGCCUUCUCAAACAGUCAACAAUUUCAAAUCCUGGAAGAAUACGGCCUUCCCCCUUCGAGACCUGGGGCUGCCGACAAGGGCGGUGUCUGGGAGUCUGGCUAUUCCAAGGAACGAAAACUCGACAAAAAGGAAAACGAUGCCAAAGAUUCAUUCCUCUAUCCUACCCCUCGCGCUGGCGGAGUCGGCGCUGUACAACGGACCACCCGUUUUUAUCUGCUCAUGAUCUAUGUUCGUGGCAUCAUAUUUUUGGUUGCUGGAUAUAUUGGAUUUGGGAUUGGCGUUCUGCUGGACACGGUUGGCAUCACGGCGCGACCUCGCUGGCUUAGACGAAUCGUCGGUCGGUCUCUGAAGAGGAUGAACGCAAAACCAAGUGGUCCGAAUAGCGAAGGAAUGCUGGACUUUUGGAUUCUGUCAGAAGACGGGAAGCUCACGAUAGCGAGCAGCGAUGAAGUCGAUAUCGAGCCAGAAAUGAAGAGGCGAUUGAUGACCGAAUUCCCCGGAGAGAGGAUUGAUGAACUUCUCGACGCAAAGUUGUAUGAGUGGUGGAAGUCAGGCGGCUGGUUUGGCACGAAAGAUGACAGCGGAGAUUAUCAGCCAUCGAAUGCUGAUGAUUUCGACGAUACCACGAGUGUCAUUUCGAUGUCCACUGAAGCCAGCACUCACAACAGCGAUGGCGAUGAAGAAGAUGCCUGGGAAUCCGAGCCUGAUGGAAGUCGAACACCGACUCAAUCAUCCACGGGUCAGUCGUGGUCAUUCUCCGGCGUUGAGACCAGAGAAUCAACACCGGCCUUCACAGACUCGCCGCUCGAUGCAGCGACCCUGGCAAGACUUUUAAAUCCGCCAGACAGAGAAUCCCGCGAAGAAGCACGGAUACUUGCCUCGCACCUCGCCACUGUGCCGGCUAACUCUCCUGGUGUGAUGACUCGUUCACGCUACCGUCGCGAGAUCGAGUCCGAACGAGCUCGAAUCCUCCUUGCCGGACGCAGUCCAGCUCCCGCAACAUCCAAUCACCAUCGGGUCCCAACAAUCUCCCUGUACAAAGAGCCGCAAACCACAGGUCCCCGACCCCUCACCUCAAUGGAGGAAGCAGAGGUCCUCGAAUCCCUGAUUCUCAACCGUCGACGGAAGCAUGCACCCCCAGUGCCAUCGCCUCAAAGUGGAACGCCAGACACGGGCAACCCAGAUCAAGACAGACAGUACGGACCGCCUUGUGUCGUUUGUCAGAAUGCGCCGCGAACAAUUAUUGCUUGGCCGUGUCGAUGUCUCUGCGUCUGUGAGGAUUGUCGGGUCAGUUUAGCGUGGAACAAUUUUGGGAGCUGCGUUACCUGUCGGCAGACAGUGCAGGGGUUUGUGAGGCUUUACGUACCAUGA